GGUAUCUGACAAUCCAAUCAGCUAGACAGACGCAUUGCAUUAUUAGCCCUAUGACGUGCAAUUGUGAUUUGUAAUAGUUCUAUAUAACUGUCUUGUGUUGAGAGGUUCGGACAACAUUUUAUCGUGAUUGACCACUGAUGUUCUGAUUUCCUAUAGGUUUAAGAGCCAGGCUGGGCUUGUUCGGAAAGCAAUUUACUGACCGGAUAGGUGUGCAAUGUCCUUCCCGAGAGAGUAAUUGUCGCAAUGAAUUCUCGCUUUUGAUCAAGGUCAUAUAAUAGCAUUCGUGCAAUACGCUUGGACAGUUAGUGUGAUUUCUGGCGGCUAUCAAUCAAGGCAACAGCGGAUCUUAAGUUUAUAGCAGUGAUGAAGAUCGCACCUGUGCUGCCUGUGUUCAUCUGCCUGUGGGCUGGAUCAAUGGCUUUCUUAGAUUUUUCCGAGCGAAUGAUCCCGACUUUUCUACUUCCGCUUUUCGACCAUAACGACGACGGUGUUCUUAGCAACGGGGAGAUCGAGGAAGUGAAGAGUCACCUCCCUUCGUUUGGAUUCAACAGUGGGGAGACGAGGCUACUCAUGGCCACGGCCGAUAAGAAUAAAGAUGGCGUGUUGAAUGCUUCCGAAUUCAAAGACCUAUACCAGCUGAUCAUGGCCGAGCAGAUCCUGCGACUGGAAGAGGCCAUCAACAAAUAAGGUUCGACCCCAGCAUCCCUGUUUAACAUCUCCCGCUUGACCUGACUCCUGGCGACCUGACGAUGGUUUGGCUUGUCACUCAAACACUUGUCCGAGUGAAAUGUGCACUUAGAAUAGCUCUACCUACCAAUAUGUAUUUUUGAAUAAAAUAGUAUUUGUACAAUG